AUGAAUCGUCAAAGGACCAAAGCCUGCUCGAUCCUCGAAAGUGUGGAGCGCACCUACGAGCCCCAAUUGUCUGUGCAGGACUUCAUGACCGACAAUGGGCUUUCGUCGGAGGCUUCGGAAACGGUAGCUUUGGACGCCCACUGCGAUGCCAGACAACUCGUUCGGCUCGUACAAUGCCCCCGCUGCUCUCGACCUCUCAAGACCCCCGUGACACUGCCCUGUGGUCACACAGUUUGUCGCGGUUGCCUCCCGGCCCCUCAACCCCGAACGAACAUCUCGUAUCCCAAUACGCCUGACCGCCUAACCGGGAUCGCCUGUCCGCUGCUGGGCUGCGGGGCGGAACAUGCGUCGGCGGAAUGCUCGGUCGAUGUGACGUUGACCAAGCUCAUGGAACUGAUAGAAGCUGAGAUUCACAAACAUAAGCCACCUGCAGGGAAACCAGCUAUUCUCCUUGAAGAACUCAUCCGGGUCAAUGGCAUGCCCGCUGAAGAAAAGGAUCAUGAGAGCGAAAAAGGUAACCAACAAGAAUUGCCAGGUGGACGGCUUGCAGCGACCUUUACCAUGGCCGACAUGGGCAAGCUUCGCUACAGUUCCGAUGUUGACUACCAGACGACGUCUUCAUAUAGUGACGAAGAUUGCGAGUUGCUAGAUUCUGCCUUGCUCGAAAGGCUGCGCGAUGUCACACACAAAGAGCUCGACUGUCUUGUCUGUUACAACCUGAUGCUCGACCCGACAACUACAUCAUGCGGUCAUACCUUUUGUCGUCGCUGUCUUGGCCGCGUCAUGGAUCACAGUAGCAUAUGUCCCUUCUGCCGACGAGGCCUUCAUGUGCCUGCGUCUUUACAAAAUCAGUCAAGCAACAAAAUCCUCAACUCGCUCCUCAAUGGUCUGUGUCCAGAUCUUGUCACGGCACGUGCCGCCGCUCUCAAGGCUGAGGAGCAAGCUGGAGACGACACAUAUAACGUGCCGCUGUUCAUAUGUACAUUGUCACUUCCGUCCAUGCCCACAUUCUUACAUGUGUUUGAGCCACGUUACCGGCUCAUGAUGAGACGUGUGAUUGAAGGGAACAAGCAGUUUGGCAUGGUCAUGUAUAAUCGUACACAUGCUCCGCAAGGAGACUUAGGUCCGACUCAGUUUCUCGAAUACGGAACAUUGCUCGAAAUCGUGAACUACGAACUGCUACGGGAUGGACGCAGCUUUAUCGAAACACGAGGCAUUGGCCGAUUCAAGGUCAAAGAACAUGCCAUGCACGACGGCUAUCACGUGAGUCGAAUCGAGCGUGUAGAAGAUGUGUCGCUCGCCGAGGAAGGCAUGUUGGAGCAACGCGAAACAACAAUGGCUCGAGAUUACGCCGAGAUUUUCAUGCGAGAGCAUCCCCAAAUGCCGCUACCAAACGAGAUCGCCAUCGAAACAUUGUCGACACAGCAAUUACUCGAUAGUUGCACAGCAUUCGUGCGUGAGAUGAGAGAGGCCAGUGCGCCAUGGCUCCGCGACCGUAUCAUUCAAGUCUAUGGAGAGCCACCGGAAGACCCAGCCAUAUUCCCGUAUUGGUUCGCAUCCGUCGUUCCCAUUGUAGAGGAGGAGAAAUAUGUGCUUCUGCAAACCGAGAGAGUCCGCGAGCGCCUCAAGAUCGUGUACUCGUGGAUUGGCAGGAUCCGUGGGCAACGCUGGUCUUCCGGCAGUGCAUGCAGCAUCCUAUGA